AGGAUUUAACAGUACUUCAUUCAAAGCCAGUGGCGGACCGUCAGGGCCAGCAAGGCCUUCUCUGCUGGCAUAAACAGCAGUGAUCUAAAUCAAUGACUUGCAGUUUAAUAUAUUUAAUAUAUUUUUCCAUGAAUGUGUAUUGGAUUAUUCCCAAUAGUCUAUUCUCUACAUUUCAUAGCUUUUCUCUUGGUUAUGCUGCUUCCAGUAGUGUAUAUUUAUGAUGAGUAUUUAUCCAAUCAUAUUUCAGCCAGUGGCGGACAUCAGUGAAAGAGUGAAAGAGUUGCCAGAGUGAAAGAAUAGGCCUUAAGGCCUUCAGAAUCAAUAGUACAGGCGCCCGUAGCUUAAAAUAAGCGGCAAUAAAACUGUUACCAUAACCAAUCAGAUUUUGAGUUGGCGUCACAUUAUACAUUGUUAUACAUUAUUUGUUUAUUCUCUGUGUCUCAUUUCGGAUGCUGCGUCCUCCAGAGAUUGCAGUUUGCUGCAUACGUCAUCAUGAAUGUCUUUUUUGAGAAAACCAUAAUAAUUGACUAUUCCUUUAAAUUUAAAUUGUGUAGAGUUUAUGGAGAGUUGCAGAAUUUUAGGAGGGCUGAGUAGAAAUGUUAGGGGGGCUAAAGUCCCCCUAAAAAUGGCCUAGCAACGUCCAUGGUGGCGUCAUAAUGAUGGUAUAGAGGUGAAUUAAUUCAGGAAGGACACCACUGAAGGCCUAGAUGUGAAAUGCAUGGCCUGCCACUGCUCAAAGCAGAGAUGGGUGAACGCUUUUACCUAAAAAAGAAAACCACAAUGAGCAGGUCAUGCAAUGAGUCUGCAUGUAGGAAAUCUAAGUCUUUGUCUCAGUGUGUGUUAGUGGCAGGAUGAAGACGGUGCACAUUUUGCUGCUUGCUGCAGCUUUUAGCAUUUUCACUUUUAAUGAAAUAGGAGAAAAUAUCAAAGUGAAUCUUACUAGACUGACUUCUUCCAGGCACACAUGGAGAGGAAAUCAUCAAUGGCAAAAAAGCCAAGAAGAACUCACUGCAGUACAUGGCAUCUGUACAGUAUAAAGACAUGCACAGAUGUGGAGGAUUCCUCAUAAACCCCAGCUAUGUGCUCACUGCUGCCCACUGUUACAUUAGUGGCCUUAGUGUGGUCCUCGGGACUCACAACAUCGAUCCGAAAAGGAAUGAUUUGAGAAGGUACACAGUGAAAAGCGUGCACAUUCAUCCAUUUUAUAAGGAAAGCCCUCGUAAUGGGGUUGACAUUAUGCUUCUGAAGCUUUCAAAGAAAAUCAAUCUGAAUGAAAAGGUGAAGAUUGCCAAAAUUCCAAACAAGCGGCAACAGGUCAAGCCCAACAUCAAGUGCCAGGUUGCAGGAUGGGGAAAAACUGAAACCCGGGAAAAUAUGACUGACCUCCUGGUGGCUGAUGUGUCAACUAUAAAUAUUGCAGUUUGUAAGAAGGAGUGGGCCAAAGUGUUUCCACUGCCACAUGAUGUUCUUUGUGCAGGAGCAUACAAAACCAAAAGUGGGGCAUGCCAGGGUGAUUCCGGUGGGCCUCUGGUGUGCAAGGGUGUGGCAGUGGGCAUAGUGUCCUUCAAUUUUAAGGGAAAUUGUACAUAUCCAAACUUGCCUAAUGUCUACACUACGAUUUCAGCUUACACUGACUGGAUUAACAAAGUGAUCAAAGGAGACACUUAACAUGGAUGUUCUUCAUGUGUUGCUUAACUUGAUAUCAUGUGAUUGCUCCAGAACUUGUCAUUCUUCAAUAAAGAUACAG